GUCCACUACGAUCCUUGUUCGCCCGCCAUUCCGAUGCGCCAGCCACAUUUGCGUGCCAAGUUUAUCGUCCGGAUGUGACGGCGCCGCGGGCUGCUGUUUUACUGGAGAUUGAUCCGCCUGUCGGCGCGGUACAGUUUGACUGAUGCGCCACCGAGAUGCGUGCCGUCGAUCCAGCAAGUGUCAAGACAGAAAGUACAAGGGAAAAACCGCUUCGCCUGGCGACCAUCGGCGAAAAAGCCGGCGUUGGGAAGCGUUUAGCGUUGUUGCGUUAUAUCAGCGUUGUUGCGUUAUUAUCGCCGCACAAGUCGCUCAGUUCGAUUGGUUGUUUGCCAGGAGGCAAGGGUGGAUUUGGAUCAAUGCUAAGGGCCAUUGGGGCACAGAUUGAGAAGACCACUAACAGGGAGGCUUGCAGGGACUUGAGUGGCCGAAGGCUGCGUGAUAUCAAUGAAGAAAAACGUCUUAAAACUUGGAUUGACAAGCAGGCUGAAAGGCAAAAGGAAUCAGAUGAUAAGAAGAAAGCUAGGCUUGAAAAAUUGAGACAAAAGCCAAAGCAUGUUUUUGAAGACAAGGAAUAUAUGGAUCAAAAGGAAAAGCAACAAGAUAACCUGUUUGAUGCAAUUGAAGCAGGAACAUCAACUGAGAAGUGCCAGGAUGGUAGCCUAGAACAUGGAUUGAAAAGGUCUGCAGAUGACUCUGAGGAACCUUCAGCAACAAAAAGGGGAAAGAAGGAUGUAAAUCCUGUGCCCAAGAAGAAGAAACAGCUGUGGAUUGAUCCUGACCUUCCAGAUGAUAGUGACUUAUCAGGUUCAGAGUCUGAUGGUGAUAGCAAUGAAAAGUCUGCACUCACCACCGCUUAGGUGCUAAAUGAAAGGUUAAAUGUGUGCAUUUUUGUCCCAGCCAUCUACCUACUCAUUUAACAUCUGUUUUAAAGUGGUUCAGUUCCGAAUAUCUUGUAAAAGGCACAUACAAUGACAAUGUGGUUAUCCAUUGUGUACAUUUCACUGUCCUCUUUUUCAGAUCUUGUUCAGUUUCGAUACCAUGUGACAAAUGGACAUGCACCUAAUACAUGCAAUUUAAAACAUCA